AUGCGGAAACCACAGUAUUAUGCGAUGUUUAUCGAGAGGCAGGCCACAGAAGAGAUCUCCAAGGAGGACGCGAUUCCCAGCGCCUGCCCAAGCAGACGGAGCCCGCAGUCUCAGCACGCACUUCACACCCUCCACACCCCGGUCCGAGCGCCGCUGGGCACGGAGCGCCGCGUGCCAGUACGAUCCCCGGCGCGCCCACCCGGGACUGCCGGCGGGGUCCGAGCUCCCCCGGCACCGCGCGCGCUCCGCGCCGGGAGGCGGUACCGGUCUGUUUAUAUUCGCGUCAGAGCCCGGCGUGGGCCGGGCCCGAACGCUAGCAGGUGCCGCGCCGCCCGCUCUCCAGCGCCGGGCCGGGCCGGGGACAGUUCUAGAGGGAGGCGGGCGGGCGAGUGGGCCCGGCGCGGGCUGCGCUGCGCGGUGUUUCACGUUUAUGGACUUCUGCGUGCUGACCCGCGCCGGCAUCCCCUCGCCGAGGCCGCCUGGGUUGUGAUUUGCGCUUGGUCGUGGUUUGUGGCACCGUUGCCGGUUGUCGUGUUUGGAACUUUUGCACCUGCGUCCCCCGACGAGGCUGGCCUGUGGUUUUGUGUUUUGUGUGAAGUCCUGGUCCGAUUUCUGUGUCACGACCCCAGCCCCACCAAAUAUCCGUAUCCUGAGGGAGGCACUAACGCUAAGGGGCUACUGGAACUGAGGAAACCAGGAUUGAACCCCGAGGAGAUGGGAGAGGGAGGGAGAGGGCCAGGAGCGUCUCCACCUGACUGAUGACAUAGUAAGAUGGCUUCAUGUUCUCCAGGUCUGGCGGUGUUGACAGUGGAUUGUCUCGUGGGGUUCUCUUUUGAGAACCCUAAUAUAACAGGAAUCAAUGAGACAGGAGAUAAAGAUUCUAUUAGGUAGUAAGGACAGUGGCCCCCAAAUGGAGCCAGGAAAGCCCAGAAUGGAGUCUGCUGAGUCACAGCCCUCCACGGAUCUUACAAAACUUCUGCCAGGUGUCCUUGGGCUGGCUGGGACCUCCUCAGAGCAUGAUCAGGCAGGCCAUUGGCUCGAGGGUACAUAGGCCCUGCAUGGACACUGCAGAUUUGACCCUAAAAAAUAUGUAGCCUCCUAUAGGGUAGAGAUUAUAUUGUUUACAACAAACCUCAGACUCCCUGUAAACCCUUAAAAACCCCCUAGACAAAGAGCAUUCGUGGAUAUCCAGAACCCUUUUCUGGCUAGUGAGAGCCUUACUUUCUUGCCUUUGUAUCUUUUAAGUAAAUUUGCUUGCAUCUUGCCUCCUCCACCCAUGGUCUCAUUCUUUGUCACUGUGGCACAUUGCUGGCCCACUGAGGGCCCAAGGGAGAUUUUCAUAGAUGAGGUCCCCAGGAAAAGAAGACACCUGUGCAAGACAGCAGCAAAGGCAAGCAGCAUGGAGCAGAGCACAGCACAAGAGCCACCUAUAUCUUCAUUGUAUAAUUCUUAUACAUGUUAUCACCUAUUUGCAUUCUUAUGUGCUGCCCUCCUUGGCACAUGUGUAGUUGUCCACUGCUAAGUCGUGAUUAUGUAAUUGUGCCCAUUGUGCACCUUCACUGACAAUGGGUUGUGUCCUCAGAGCUGUCUGGCAGUGUCUUUACAUCCCCCGAGCUUUGACUCAGUCUGAGCAGUUCCCAAUACACAUGCCAGCAUUCCCAUAACACACUUCUGGUUCCAUUUGCAUUCCCUUAACUUGUACCCGAGGUGUUUCUCUGCUCCCUCCAUGGCACCUGAGGAUACCCUUCACCCUCCACCUGAGAUUCCAUUGCUCCUGUAGGUGGUCCUAUUGGUGGUUAGUUAAAACAAUCCCAUUGGUUCAGUCUGACCCUUCCCUUCCCAAGUAUGGCUCAAAUUGGUCCAUGAGUCUCCAUGUCCUGAGAAACUGGGAGUGUAGACCUAUCCCAGUGUGGCACAACUCUUCCUUCCCCUCUCAGUGCAGCUCAUCAGCCCACCUCUUGACUCUGAAUUUUUGAGUGGGGGCAAGAUGCACUUCUGCUCUGCUCCUGGAACUGUAGGGGGUACUUAUCACUUCUCCAGGGGCUCUCUGGUUGAUGCCCACCUGAAAAGAAAGAUUCCUUAGACCAGUUAAACUUAGUGGAGUUUAUUUGAGCUAAACCAAAGCAAAACAUGACUCAGAUUGGGCAGCUCCCAGAACUAGAAAAGGUGCUGGGAAUUCCUAACAACAUGAUCAGACAGCACUUGCAGAAAAAUGGGAGCGAGGCAUAGAAAAUGACCUCCUUGGCUAUAGCUCCUCAGUGAACUAGUCCAUAGAUUAUGGUUUAACUAGUUCACAGUCCAAUCUGUUAACCGGCUACUGCAACCAGCCAAAGCGUAGUUAUGAUAAACUACAUUGGUUUGGUUUGGUCUGCUGGCCCAGUGCAGUGCCUCGUCAAAUCCAUGACCAUCUACCAAGUCUUAGCACCCUCUCACUUGGGCUGGAUGGAGGUGGACAUCGACCGGGCCUUCCAGGAGACAGAAAUCACGUUAAUUAUUUCAACUGAGAAUUUUACUUAGAGUCAUUAGCUAGGCACUGGAGAACUGAAAAUGCAAAACAAAACAAAACAUAAUGUAUCAUGGAGUUAGCAGCUGCAAGAAACAAUAACAUCCCUGAGGGCUGGGGGCAAGCAGGUGGGAAAACUGAACUGCAGUCCACAGUGGCUGCUGCCACAGAGAAGUGUUGCUCUGGUGAUGGGGAAAGGAACAGGAGGUGGGAAAGAGAAAACCUGUCUUCCCGCUCUGGCCCGGUCGUCCCCCUCCGUCGCCCCCUGUUGGCAAAGAAGAGAUGUGAUUUGUGGUAUCCCUAAACCAAAAUCAUGAAGCGGAGAGGCCAUAGUUCAAUGAGUAGCGCACCCCUUUCUUUUUUCUCUACAACCCCUCGACAACUUUCUUCUCUGCAACAGUCACCUCUUUUACACCCUCAAACUGGGUAAUUUGUCUCACAGAUCUUGAUCCUCUACUUAGAAAUCCUGCAGAGCAAUCUAACCCACAACUCACAUUAGUAUCCAAAAUCUAUUGCUUUUACAUGCUUCAGUUAAAAUUUCUAAUUAAAUAUCACUACAUUAUGGCUAACACUUAAUGGUAUUUACUAUGUAUUAGGCAGUGGUGAACAAUUUACAUGUUACUAAGUCAUUUAAUCCAAGCAACAGUUUUAUUAUUAUCAAGUACUGUUACUGGUGUUCCUGUGCUUUUAUCGUCCCUCUUCCACGGAUGAGGAAACUGAUGUACAUAGAGGUUAAGUAAUUUGCAGAAGGCCACACAACUGGUGAAGUGAUGGAGCCAGGCUUUGUACUGAAACCAUCUGGAUAUGUAACCCGCAUUCCUAACCACUACAUUACACUGUUGUGGCCUGAAAUAUGUGUCCCACCACCCCUGUCUCUCUCUCCCCUAUUGAGUCCUAACCCCUCCAGUGUGGCUGUAUUUAGAGCUCAGAGAGUGGGGCCCUGAUCUGAUAGCAUUAUUGUCUUAUAAAAAGACAGUAGAGAUUCUCACUUAGACUGGAUGGAGGUGGACAUCAACUGGGCCUUCCAGGAGACACAAGUCACAUUAAUUAUUUCAACUGAGAAUUUUACUUAGAGUCAUUAGUGAGGCACUGGAGAACUGAAAAUGCAAAAUAAAACAUACCACGAGUUAGCAGCUGCAAGAAACAAAAAAGAAAAAGU